AUGGCACCACAACUAACCAUCAUUCCCGGAAUUGGGUUGUGGCACGUUCAUGGCCAUCAGGACAGCUGCUAUGUCCGAUAUGCUUCUAACUUUAUUGAAGGCAUUGGUCGGAUCGAUGGAGAGAUCAUGGAGACGCUAUGGGCACGGCUCAAUUUGAUCUCCCCUGCUGCUCGGGGAAUGUCAUCUCCCCACCGAAAGGAAUGCCUUGAUUAUCAGAUGAAUGACUCCAAUUUCUGCAAGAUGAUUCGCAUGAAAAGGACUCUAUGCCGGAAAUACAAACUGGCUAGGAAUGGUAUCUUAGAAAGUGGAAAGGCAUUCGACAGACUCGAUGAAGCAGCACCCUCACAUUUGAAGACAGAAUGGUUAGCCAGGGAGAGGAUAGCUCAGUCAAGCAGAUUGAAUGAUCCUUCAGCCAUGGAUGAAUAUGAGAUCAAUAUCAAAAAGGCACCUAGCAAAAAGGAGAUCGAGCUUAGAUUGUUAGAGGAGGGUAACGCCCGCAAUGCAGCACCCUCUCGCAGAUCUGUGGCGACAUGGAUAUCAACAGGGUUAGCAAUUGAAGAGGCUCAGAUUGCAUUGCUCAUCGAGGUCCGAAGGAUCAGAAGAAGAUCCACCGAGACACAGAGAUUAGACAUCGCCCGUCAAAGAGAUCGGCUCCAAGGCCAGAUAGAUGGAUUUGCUCGGUCUGCUCUAACACAUCUCGGGGAGGGAUUUGAUGCAGAUGAUGAACCUGAAGACUUGGACGUAGACAUUCUAGAUGAUCUCGAUGAUGACCCGGCGGAUUUCACAGAGACAUCUCACACAUGGACAAACUCUCCCGAGCUAACUGUAAUCCCAUUGCCAUCAAACCUGGGGAUGUCGCUUCGUGAAGGGCAGGCCAAUGAUGCCCUUCACAAUCUCCGCAUUUACCUUUGCAACAAGGCCAUCCUGUUCCGAACAACUGUUAGGCAGGCCAAUUCCCAGGCCCUGAAAACUCGAGCUUGGUCCCAGACAAGGAAGCAAAUGAUGAAACUUGAGCCGGGGCAAGACCAGCUUCAGAAAUACAAACCCCUGCUUCGCGAGCAACUCAAAAUCAGCACUGCAGUGGGCGACCCAAAUGCCCGAGGUCAACGAAAUGAAUCUUUGGCUUGGUUUUGGUCUGUUGAAGUCGACCUCGGGGGUCCUGAUCAAUCGUGGAAUGAAGAAUUUUACCGAGUCCAUUGGCUGAGGGCAAAGGCACUACGGGAUCGAUGGAGGGAAGAAAUGCUAUUGGUCACAUUUGAGAUGGAUUGGACAUGUAAGUUCUUUUUGUGGAAAACAACCAUAUGGGGCGAGCACAUGCAGGAAUCAUUGGAGAAACGACUUCCGGGUCAUGGAUGCUAUGCCGGAAGGCAAUCCCACAUGUAUUCAUUGCUGGCACAGGAUGCGCAGGCAGCUUUUCAAGACCUACAAAAUGUGUUGAUAGAGGCUGGAGAUGAAUGA